AGCCGGUGCUCAGGCGCUUGUCCGAACCCUGCUGGAUGUCUGGGCAGGGGCUUGCCCGGCAUAAGCCCAGCCCAGAGCACCCGGACCUGGGCGGGGAGGAGGCAGGGCUCCCCCGCAGCCCGGAAGGAAGGGAGACGUUUCCUCGUCCCGUGAUAGCAGCCUACGGUCCCGGCCCCAGGCAGCCCGGCGCUGCCUCUGCCUCUCUGCGGUCCCGCACGGUCCCGCGAGGCCGAGGAUGGCCUCGGACGCCCCCGCCACCCUCCCAGUCCAGCUGGCGGAGCAGCCCAGAUUGCUGAAGCUGAAGAAGAUGUUUAUUUCUAAAUUUGGAUCGGCUCCCAAGUUUUAUGCUCGUGCACCAGGGCGAGUCAACUUAAUAGGAGAACAUAUAGACUAUUGUGGAUAUGCUGUGCUCCCUAUGGCUAUAGAGCAAGACAUACUUAUAGCUGUUGAACCUGUAAACACUCAAGUUGUCCAACUAGCCAAUACAAACCCUUUGUACUUGGACUUCAGUGCUAGUGUGAAUAACAUUCACAUUAACAAAACCAAACCCGUGUGGCACAACUACUUCUUAUGUGGGUUGAAAGGAGUUCAGGAACAUUUCGGUCUUAAUAGCUCAACUGGAAUGAAUUGUCUGUUAGAUGGAACCAUCCCACCAAGUUCUGGUCUGUCUAGUUCCAGUGCCUUGGUAUGCUGUGCGGGACUUGUGACGCUUACAGCUAAUGGAAAGACCCUUUCAAAGGUGGAACUUGCAGAAAUUUGCACCAAGAGCGAACGGUACAUUGGCACGGAGGGAGGAGGCAUGGACCAGUCCAUAUCAUUCCUUGCAGAAGAAGGAACUGCCAAGCUGAUAGAGUUCAGUCCUCUGAGGGCAACUGAUGUGAGACUUCCAAGUGGAGCAGCUUUUGUUAUUGCUAACAGUUGUGUCGAAAUGAAUAAAGCAGCAACUUCUCAUUACAAUAUUAGGGUGAUGGAGUGUCGACUGGCUACAAAGCUUCUCUCAAAGUCCAAAGGCCUAGAAUGGAAAAAAAUGCUGAAGCUCCAAGAUGUUCAGGCCAAGCUAGGAGUUAGCCUGAAGGAAAUGCUGACCAUUGUCGAGGAGGUAUUUCACCCUGAGCCUUACAGUGGAGAGGAAAUUUGUACAUGCCUGGGAAUUAGCCUUGAGGAGCUCCGCACUCAGAUCCUCAGUCAAAACACGCAAGAUG